AUGCCGUCUGCCCCAGACUUAGGAGGAGUUCUGUUCUUGGAAAGCCUGGCUGCCCCCUGCCCAUCCCCUCACCUGCUGGAGCUUGCCCAGGGGUCAGUGGUUCCGUCUCGUGUGUCCACUGCGGAGAUAGGGGGUGAGGAGGGAAGGAAAAGGAGGAAAGCAAGCUUCACUCCUCAGUUUUCUACUGGAAGCCUUGUACCAUCAUUCUCAGGCAUGGGAGCGUGUCCUCAAGCACUGUGUCCCUCUGACCAUCCAUCGGUGGACACAUCCGUGACCCGCCCAUGUAUCCUGCUGGCUGCUUCCUGA